AUGGAUGAAACGAACGGAGUAAGACGAGUCAGCCGGGCUAGCGCGUCGUCCCAGCGUCAGACACAAGCGGAUAAUAUCUCCGUUCACGGGAGCGCGGGGAGUGCUGAUCGUGUGGGGCUCAAACGCCAGAUCGGCCUGGCGGGAUGCAUCGCCUUCGUGGUCGGCACGGUCAUCGGCUCCGGGAUCUUCAUCUCCCCGAAGGGCGUCCUGCAGAACACCGGCAGCGUAGGCCUGUCCCUCAUGGUCUGGGUAGCCUGCGGUAUACUGUCGGCUAUCGGAGCCCUAUGCUAUGCCGAGCUCGGAACCAUGAUCUCUAAAUCCGGGGGAGACUUUACCUACAUCUUGGACAGCUUCGGGCCAGUGCCGGCUUUUCUGCGUAUCUGGACGCUCAUCGUGGCAGUGCGCACUGCCUCCUUCGCUGUCCUAGUCAUAACCGCCUCGACAUACCUGAUAGGACCGUUCUUUGGAGAGUGCGGCGUCCCUGUGGUUGUCAUUCAGUUACUAGGGGCUGCAAUCAUAGGUAAGAACAACUCUGAAGAGAACCAGCAAGCCAGUUUUAUCACAUAUAUUUAG